AUGGCUCCUCAUGCACCAAGGAUGAUUGGGAACAAAGUUGAAAUUGACAAGCUGACCGACUCUGAUAAGCCUUGGAGUGUUGUUGUUACUGUCGAGGAGAAGCAAAAUCCUUUUGGCAACUAUGCUAAAACCCAGAAAAUGAUAUUCAGUGAUGAAAAGGGUGCAAAAGUAGAAGGCAUCAUGUUUGGACAGGCUGUCGGCAUUAUGGCACCACAAUUCCAGGCAUGCAAAAAAUACCGCAUCUCCAAUGCACCUAUCCGGUUCAUAAAACCAGCGUAUAGGAUUCCUGGUCUUACCAAACAAUGGGUGAUCGGUAUUGGAACGAUUGUUGAAGAGGUUAACGAACCAAUUACUGCUCUUGUGACCGAAGAGCAAUACACACCCUUUGAUUCCCUCAAUGAGUUUGCUGGUGUUCAAGAUGGUUUUGUUGAUGUUAUUGGUAUCAUCGUCGAGAGAAACCACCCGCAAACUGUUAUGACACGAAUUGGGAAAAAAAGAAUGAUCCAGAAAUUCUGUAUGCUGAAUGAAGAGUUGCAAUAUGUGAGAUUGUCACUGUGGGAAGAAUUCCACCAAGAUGUGGGAACAUUAUUAUCUGAACAAGUCCAAGUUGAAUCCGACCGUCAUUUGCCUCCGGAUGCUUGUCUCCGCCUACAACGGUGUCGACUAAGAGCUAACAUUCAUGACGAGACCGGAUCAAUCCAAGCUAGCAUUUUCGGUGAUAUCGCAGAAAAGAUAUUGGGUUUCACUGCAAGAGAAAUCGUCGAAACCCCUGCAAAGAACGUUACGGUGAGAGUUUACAUUGAUUUCAAAGGCAUACCUCAAACGUUCUACUAUCUCGCUUGCAAAAACUGUGAUGCGGGAACCUCAUACAUGUAUAACACUCCAUUCCAAUGCACCAUAUGCAAAGUGAAACAAUUUACAGACAACCCAAGGUUGAACCUGCGUGAUGAUACAGAUCACUUGCAAGCUAACGCGUUCGGUGUUAUCGGAGAGAAACUCUUGGGUGUUACAGCAAAAAAGAUGAUUGAAGAGCGAGAAAAGACACUCCCGGUCAUCAAGAACGCUCCCAAGGAUGAGAUGAUCGAGUCUUCCAUACUCAAUUCUCUCCUUUGGCCAAGAAUACAAAAGCUGAAGUUCACAACCAACAUGCGAGCUGCACUGGAUCCGUAUUUCUCCUCUUUCCUUCUCAGGCGAGGGAACAGAACCAGUGGACGAAUCAUGCCAGAUAGAGCUACCAAGAGAGUUCAUGAUACCUUACGACAACAAGGAAAGUUCGCUGAACAGGUACGCUGCGAAGACCCAGAAUAA